GCCCUUUCUGAAGGGAGGAAAGUACUCAUAUCACAACUGACGCAAGGGCGCUAAAUACGAACUGGAAUGAAAUGUCAUCACAAGUGCAUUACAUCUAACGUUAACGGUAUUAUCGGAAAUGUAACAUCGAGUGCAGGAUGGCUCCUCGGGUACAGCUAGAGAAAGCCGCUUGGCGGUGGGUUGAGACAGUUAAACCAGAAGAUAUUAAAAGCGAACACAUUGAACAAGCUUAUCGAAUCGCUCUACCAGCGUGCAAAAGAGGAACAUGCAGGAGGAAUUGUAAGGGAAACCCGAAUUGCUUAAUUGGGAUUGGAGAACAUCUCUGGUUGGGGGACAUUGACGAGAACACCUUCCAUAACAUUGAUGACCCCAGCUCAGAACGACGAGACAAGAAUACAUUUGUGGGAUUAACAAACCUGGGUGCCACCUGCUACGUUAACACCUUCCUCCAAGUUUGGUUCCACAACUUGGAGCUCCGGCGGACCUUAUAUCUCUGCCAGAACUCCUGGGUUGAUAGACAAAACAUAGACUCAGAGGAUGAGCCGGAGACAAUAUGUGAGCAUCUCCAGUACUUGUUUGCAUUGCUGCAGAACAGCAGCAGAAGAUCCAUCGAUCCAUCGGGGCUUGUGAAAGCUUUAGGACUUAACACGGGACAACAACAGGAUGCACAAGAAUUCUCCAAGCUGUUCCUCUCCCUCCUGGAAGACAUCCUCUCAAAACAGAAGAACCCUAGCCUCCAGAAUGUCAUUCAGCAGCAGUUCAGUGGAAUGAUCUCCUAUGUGACAAUAUGUGACCAGUGUGGUCGGUCCUCUUCCCUACCCUCCCGAUUCUACGAAUUGGAACUUAAUAUUCAAGGGCACAAAAAUCUUACAGAGUGUCUCACAGAGUUCUUAAAGGAGGAGAAGCUUGAUGGAGAUAAUUGCUACUUCUGUGAGACCUGCCAGAGUAAACAGAGUGCUACACGUCACAUUAAACUCCAAAGUUUGCCUCGAACCCUUAACCUGCAACUCAUGCGUUUUGUCUUCGACAGGAAAACGGGUCAUAAAAAGAAGCUAAACACCUUCAUUAAUUUCCCAGAGAUCCUGGAUAUGGGACCAUUUCUGGAAAGGAAAGAGGACAAGUGUGUUUUUGAGCUGAGUGCCGUACUUAUCCAUCGAGGCAUCAGUGCAUAUUCAGGUCACUACAUUGCUCAUGUACAAGAUGCUCUCUCCAACGACUGGUACAAGUUCAACGAUGAGGAGAUUGAGAAAAUGGAGGGCAAGAAACUGCAGUUGGGACUUGAGGAGGACAUUGCGGAAACUGUCAAAAUAUCCCAGACCCGGAAGCCCAAAUGUGGCAGAGGAGACCACUGCUCUCGAAAUGCCUACAUGCUAGUGUACAAACGCCAGACAGAACAAGAGGACAGGAAUGAGACCAAUGUAGAGGUGCCAGAAUUUCUUCAGAAGCUUGUUGAAAAGGACAAUCGGAAGUUUGAGGAAUGGUGCAGUGAGAUGGCUGAGAUGCGAAAACAGAGUGUAGACAAGGGCAAAGCCAAACACGAGGAGGUGAAGGAGCUCUACAAGUUGUUGCCUGCAGAAGACGGCCAUCCCUAUGAGUUUGUGCCAUUGGACUGGUUGAAGAAAUGGCUUGAUGACUCCAUCACGACGAAGGCAAUUGAAAAUGACCAAUUCCUGUGCUCUCAUGGGAAACUUCAUCCUGAUAAGAUUGGCGAGGCCAAACGGAUCUCCUUCAAAGCAGCCAGCCUCCUUUUUAGCCGAUAUGGAGGAGGCCCCAGACUAGACAAAUCGUCCCUGUGUAGAGAGUGUGUCACGCAGCGUUGCCAAGUUCUGCGGUUGAAGAAUCAGCUCACAGACGACUACAAGGAGAUGUCCAACCUCAUCAAAGCACCACCACCAAGUGAUAAAGGGUUUUGGGUGGGCAAACUGUCUCUACGCAUCUGGAAGCAGCUGGCAUUUGAGCAGAUGGAAGAGGAUGAGGAGCAUACUAAGCAUGGUGACCACAAAACCAAUGGAGAUCGUUCCAACAUCAUGUUGAGCAAAGGUGCAAAGACGACAGACAGAGAAGACAUGGAUACUGAGGGCAUGAAGACCAUCAAUGAAGACAUCCUCUGUCCUCAUGGGAGCCUCAGUAUCCUAUCGAGUGAGAGAAGACUGGUGUCUGUGGAGGUGUGGGACAAACUGAAGCUGUACUUCCCCAAAGCACCGGAGUUCACCUAUCAGCAAGAACCCUGUCAGCAUUGUCUGAGACUGGAGCGAGAGGACCGACAAAAUGAGGAGUUGAACAAAAUGAUGGCCAUUGAGCAGAAGACUGCUCUACUCAACCUAUUCCAGGAGAAAAAUAGACCGACUCUGCAGAAAUGGCCUGAAGAAGAGGAUGUUUUAUACAUUGUUCCACCAUUCUUUGUGGCUGAAUGGAGGAAGUUUAUCAGGAGGCCUGCCAAAAGCACACCUGUGUCAAGUGUGAGCAAUAGCAUCCUGCUUUGCCCUCAUGGUGGCUUCAUGUUCACCUACGAGUCGAUGCUAAUAGGAGAUGCUGAGCAUAUAGCUCUCCUCUGGCCGAACGAGUGGGAGGUGAUCAGGACCCAUUUCCUUGUGGACCAGCCUAUUUCUAUAAGCAGGAUAAAGCCAGAACAUGGUAUCAACACUGUUGAAUUUCGCACACGACCAGAUUUGUGUCAGGAAUGCCGAGAAGGCUUCAUGUUCCAACAGCAGAGAGACAUGAGAGAGUACACUCAGGCUACAGUCUAUGUGCGCAAAGUCAUCAACAACAAAAGGGCAUUGAAGGAUGAUGCCCCAUCCCUUAAUAUAAGCGGUUCGGAAGCAGAAGAAGAUACGGAAGCCAAAGUUGAUGGAGAGAAAGACCCAGAUUUUAGCCAGUUGGAAAAUGGUGCCAAGCGGAAAAAGAUUGACAGCAGUGGUGUGGGUUCUGCGGUGCAUCCAGUAGCUAGGGCACCCACAGACAAAGGCAUCCGCAGGAGCACGCGUCAUCACAAGCUUCGAGGAGAGAAAGCCCUCAUUGUCUCUGCCAACCAAACACUCAAGGAGCUCAAAAUACAGAUCAUGCAUGCCUUUUCUGUUGCUCCAUUUGACCAAAACCUGUCCAUAGAUGGCCGCAGCCUUACUGAUGACUCUGCUACUCUGGGUAGCCUAGGGGUGAUACCAGACAGCAUCAUCUGCCUGAAGGCUGAUGAACCCUUAGCAGAUUAUUCAGCGAUAGAUGAUGUUUACCAAGUGUGUUUGCCUGAGGAGGGAUUUAAAGGCACAGGACUCCUGGGACACUGAAAAAAAAAACAUAAUCAGAUUCUGUAUUCAUGUUCACGUGUUGAUAAAAGUUAGAAUAUUUUCAAGAUUGCUAAUGAUAGGGUAACUUCUAAGAUGGGAAUUUUCGAUUUUAUGUUUUUUAUUAUUUGUCACCAUUGUCAUUGGACUUUGACUGUAAUGCCAGUUCUACAGAUGUGUCUUUCAUUAAGUGUCUAGACAAAUUUGUUUUGCUUUUGUAAGACUAAAGUUGUUUUGCAAAGACAUCCAAUUGUCUCUUUGAGUGAUAUGUGAAAUGUUCCAUAGCAAUCCAUUUCUUUCCACUUGAAGGGAAGGGUUUUGUGGAGAAAUUACAUGAUGUCUUCUAAUUAUCUUCUUAAGGUGAUACAUAUGUUCUCUCCAGUUAAGUCAGAUAUGUUGAAGCAUCCAUGAGAAGCUUAUAAAUAAUGGAAAUGACCUUUCCUUGUAUGCCUAAGAUUCACCAAUGUAUGGAUGUGGGAGUUACAUGCACUAUGAGUGAGAACUUGAAUGGUGUUAGAAAGUGUUUUUGAAACAAUUUUACCUGCAAUCUUGAACAGGGUGCAGAAGAUGGUGUGUAGCUUUCUUUAUGAUAUUUCUUAUGAGCAAUAAAAUUAUUCUCUUCCCUAAAAAAA